AUGAAAUCGCUGCAGGCCCAACUGCUAGAUAAGAACUACAAGCGUGCAUCGCUGGAGAAGGUUCGCUCGGGCAAGGUGGAGCUUGGGGGCAAAGUCCAGACAAUUAAUGCAAGCGAACGCGACUUUGUAGCCAAGUUGAGCAAACGAUUGGACCUUGACGCGGUGGAGGCACUCAAGAUCUUCCGCAACUUCAUGAAGUAUGAAGCAACAGGACGCUUCGAGUACGAUGCCGAAACCUCCCUGCGCGAGGUCAUGCGGCACUACUACCGCGAGCGGCAAGCGCUGCUCAAGUGCCUCUCGGCCAUCUUCCGCAUCUCCAUGGCAGACCAAGAUAACGCCCCUGUCGAAGAGGCACAACAGCGGCUGAGCGAUCCCAAGAACAAGCUCGACCGUCGCAUGCUCGAGCAGUUUAUCAAUCUGUCGGACGAACCCGAAGCGAGACAAGACCAAGAGGCCUGGGCGAAGAACAAUCUCGAAGAGCAGAGUCUCUGCCUUGAGGUUCUGUUCCUCUACUUCUACUGCCGAGAGCCUGUGUUUGAGCCAGAGACCAUUCUCAGCUACGCGCGCUAUCUCAAGAAACACAUCGCAUGGGAUAAAAUCCAUCCACUGCUGGGCGAGGAGAGCCGGCCGCUCAUGAACAGGAUAUGCGUCCAGUGCGUAUUGAUUUUAUUGGCGCUGUUCGGUUUGGAGACCAUCGUCGAGGAUGGAGACCAAACGCCCGGNAGGGCGACGAAGCACUGCCUGCCGACGACACGGCAGCUGUUUGGCAAGGAGUUCGAGCAGUGGGCUCGAGACCUGAACGUGGUGCCGUUUUUGAGCGUAAUGACUCACGUGUUCGCUCGCAACGACCCACACGUUGCUGGCUACAAAAGUGUCAUCUGCGGCGAAAUAAGUGCUGCCUUGACGUGCUUCGAUAUUGGCGCCGUAGGGGAGUUUGAUCACCUGCUUCAGCUCUACCACGACAUCUUCUUCAACGAAACCGCUAUCACCCUCCCUUACUUGAAGGCCAACUUCACAAAGAAGUGCAACGCUCUCUACCACAUCUCGCGAUCAAGCUUCCCUCACGAGUUCGAUCCCUUCGUUCGACUGAGCCAAACAUUUGCUGCGGACUCCAUCUGCGCCGAGUUCAUGUUCCGCCAGAUCUUGGAACUGAAGCACUUCACCGUGUCUCGAGGCCUCGUACACCGUGUUGAUAGCGAUGAGUUCAUACAGUGGAACAUUGGCAACUAUUCUGGGUGGACCUACUUCAUGGGCAAGAUCUACGUACUAGCCACCAAGCUCUCCAAUCGACAGCCCACAUCGGCAUCGGAGAUCGUUCAGGUGACGCUGAUCCUGCGGCUUAUGAACCAGCUGUUCGCCAAGAAGGACGACCUGAUCAAAUACCUAAACGAUCACCUCAAAGGCACCAUGGGACGGAACACCAACCUGCUGCGUCAGCUCUUCACCCUACUGCGGACGUCCUCGAACCUUGCUUCUUCCUCGCCCGCGUUGCUGGAAAUGUUGGAUGCAUGCGUGCGGUGCAUCAACCACUUCGCCACCAGCCACCCGCUUCAGGUGUGGGAGGAAAUGCGACGCGGAGGAGUGCUGCAAGAGAUGUCGUCCUCUAUCAAGGGCAAGCCCGACGGUGACAUCAGGCAGAUUCUGAUGCUGGAGCAGAGGAACGGCCUCUACCCAAUUACGAUAUCCUUCCUCAACCUUCUCUAUACGCUGCUCAGUUAUGCGCGCAAGUGGCAGCUCCCAGAAACGCAAACAAACACCAUGCAAGACGAAGGGGACAUGGACUCGGUAUCCUUGGAGGAUUUCCACCCGUGCUUGUCCUUCGUCAAGGCUGACCUGUUCGCGCGCUACGAGUCCUGGCGCUACCAGAAGCCGCAACAAAAGCACAAAAUCGGAAUCAAGAUCAUGAACAUAUUUAUUGAUAUCCUCAGCGAAGACACCGUCAAGAACUUGACCGGGCAGACCCUGCCAAUGGCAAAGACGGAUAUGGACCUGUCCUUGGCGUCCCCCAUGGCCAAGUAUCAGCCGAUGACUCCUCUAGGUACCUUCAACAACCCAUUUCUU